UCCGGUACAGUUUGCUCAUCUCUCAUCCAACAUGGCAAACAUGGACGACUACGAAAGAGUUUUAUGUGUGAAGCCCGAGGUUCAUGUGUUCAGAAUACCACCUCGGACAACGAACAGGGGCUACCGAGCCGCGGAUUGGAAGUUGGAUGCGCCAGACUGGAUAGGGAGGCUGAAGAUUAUAACGAAAGGCCCCAAACUGUGGAUCAAGCUCGAAAGUAAAGCAGGAGAGUUAUUUGCCCAGGCUCCAAUUGAAACAUACCCUGGUGUGGAAGUAGAGGCUGUUACGGAUUCAAGUCGUUACUUCGUGAUCAGAAUCCAAGAUGAGUCAGGUCGAAAAGCUUUCAUAGGAAUCGGUUUCUCAGACCGAGGAGAUUCAUUUGACUUCAACGUUACUCUUCAAGAUCAUUUCAAAGGGAUGAAACAAGAGCAAGACAUGGCGGACGAAUCCAAGAAUCCAGUCCCAAAGCUAGACCUUGGGUUCAAGGAAGGCCAAACAAUAACCAUCAAUAUCGGGAGCAAAUCUGCCAAGUCAAGACCAAAGCCAUCGGGUGGUGUAGGAGCGGGCACCCCCAUCUUACUACCCCCGCCCCCUGGGGCUGGAGCGGGGGCUGCGAUCAGGGCACCUGUCACGGCACCGCCAAGCAGUGGGGUUGUGCAACCGCCCCCAGCACAACAACAACAACAACAACAAUCAGUACAACCAAACCAAUCACAACAAACCAAUGAAUUAUUAGGGGGUUUUGGAAGUUCUUUCAGCGCCCCACCCCCAGCAGCUCAACCUCAAAACACAGGUGCAUCAGAAUGGGGUGACUUCACAAGUGCAGAAAAAUCAUCAAGUGAUGGAGGCUGGGUGCAAUUCUGAAAUCCAAAAGAUAGAUAUUUAUGUAACGCCCCAACUAUAUAUGAUUUUGUGUGCCAACCUCUUCUCCAGAGGAUAGUACUCGCCCUCUGGAGUCAACUGCCCAACCUCUCUCCCAGAAAAAAACAUGUAGUCCCAUGCCAGGUCAUCCAUGUUUGAGAUCCCAGAUCACAUUUCCAAAGAACACCCCGUAGCUGUGGCUGGUUGAUUAUGAUAUUGCGAACCAUGUAGGAAGUGACCCGGAGAACCUUUCGCUGUUGGGUAUUGCCGAUUCACCUUUCGCUGUUGGAUAUUGCUGAUUUGAUGUGAGGACCUUUCACAUAUGGUAGUGGAUCGAAGUGAGUUAUGUGCGGAUUUUAGUGUCAGUACUCAUCACCUAUAACCAUGAGGCAGAUGUGUUAUGCUAUACUAGUUACUUGUUUAUGUUUAAGUGUAAAAUGCUUUGAGCUCCUCAUACUCUCCUAUUUAUAUUUUGUAAUCUUUGCCAGUUUGUUGAAGAUCAUUUGCGAAGGGUAGUGUGAAUUUUUACCUCAUCAGGGCCCCCGUCUGAUAAAGAAUUGCGAUUGAUCCAAAUCACUUGCAAAUAAGUUGUGAUUAAUAUCAACUCUUCAUAAGACGAGGCCCAGAUGUGUUUUCUUUUUCAAUAUAUUAUGGUUAAACUAAUAAACAAAACACAUCUGUUGUUAUCACCAUGGGAUAGUGAUGUAAAAGUACAUUUUUUUUCUUCUUACAUGUAGUAAAGCAUCAUUCUUUAGAAUUGCAUUUGAGUUCAUGGUAUCAUUCAUUCAAAAUUGAUGUUAAAAGAGACAAUUAGCAUAUACCCUGUUUCAGGAUGCACAUCUAUGAAAACGAUGCCUAGAUAUAUAUAUAUAUAUGAUGUUAGAUGAGAAAAAAGAAAGAUAUGGUACUGAUUCUUGAUUUGAUUCAACUCUUAAAGAGAACCAGUCUUUUUUUCUUGGACAAGAACUCUGUGUGUUUAGCCAAAGCACAGACUACUCACGGCUCAUCCAUGUAGUUCAUUUAAGACCAUCUAUAAAAAGAUUUUAAUAUUUUUUUUUAUUAAUGGUUAAAAAAUAGAUUUGGAGAGCUUUACUGUCCUUAUACUUCAGUCACACUACCAGACUGAAUUCAAAGCAACAGAGAAGUAACAAAAUCUUAACCAUUCAUAA